AUGAGUGUCGUUCGCCGUGGACUUGCCGAGAAGACGAAUCUCAACCACGGAGAUGUUCUUCAGAAGCGCAAUCUCGAUAAGCCGGUUACGCCCGCUCGGCGUAUGGAAAGGACGCUUUUCGAUGGACCAACUGACGCGAAGCUGGAGGCUAACGUGAAAACCACUCCGCACAUCAGCAAGGCGGGCACCUCGAGCCCUGGGCUCGACGCGAUCGAGGCGUUUGGGCGCAAGGACAAUGAGUUCCUGUUCUUCCCCAUCACGCCGGCCAGAAAGACGACGGGCAAAGUGCUGCUAGAAGAGGCCGUGCUUACCGAGGAGCUGACACCAUCCGAACCGCUGGAGUACUUCGGUGAAGAUGACGGGGAAAUGGAACGGAUCAAUUUGGAAGAAUUCGACCAUGGAUUUUGUCGGCUUCAGGAACGCGACUACGACCUUGAAAACACGCACCCCGCCGACAUCAGCAUCUCGGAUCUGACUGAAGGAGAACUCGCCGACGCUGAACGUCUCUUUGCCGAAUUGGAGAAGGCCCCUUCCGUCGCCACAGCCGGGCAC